CGCAAAAAAAACAGGGGCGGGGCUCAAAACUAGCGCGGAUUGGCGUGGUCGAUUUUUCUUCAAUCGAGCGUCGGCAGUACGGCUAGAGAUGCCGCUGGGUCGCAGCGAUGCAGAUAGAGGGCUCGACCUGCUCUGGGAGUUUCACAGGGAAGCCGAAGGAGAAGAGGAACGGGCAGCCUAUGCAGAGGCGAUAUCCAGUCUUCAUUCGUACCUGACGGAUCUCCUCCCAGCUAGCCAGCCUUUGCUCCGUGCCAGAGCCAAGGAAGGUUUUGUAGAUGUCCGCCCUCCGCACGAGACGCCCGUACAGUCCGUGGUACUCCACUGCGACGCAGGGGAAAGGCUGGGUCUGUCGAUUGACUGCGUGAGCGUUAGCAAGUGGGGCAACAGCAGCGAUGUAAGUCCGUACGUCGUGAGCCUGUUGAAGCCGGGCAGCGCGGCGGACAGAGAAGGUUCUUUGCGCCGAGGAGACCAGCUGGUGGAAGUGGACGGUCGUCCGUUGGCGCACGUGUCCCUGGAGAGAGCAAGGUGGCUUCUGGAAAGUGCUGAACGCAGGGGUACUGUCAAGCUAUCAACGGUACCUUUGGGCCUCGUCGAUGGCAUGAAACACUCCGUCUCGAGAGAAGACCUUCUCAGCUCUCUCUCUGUGUCAACUGAUAAGUCACCGUCCCACCCCGAGGCUCCAGCAUCAAAGAAAUGGGGACGAAAGCCAGGGAAAGGGAAGGAUCCAGAGAGAAUAGUGCUACACGAGCUACAAACAAAGGCAGACGCAAAGCCAGGAGCAUCCAGAGAGGAAAAAAUGGAGAAGGAAGUAGCUUCCUCGAGAAAUGAACAAGUUGGAGGUGGGGAGGAGAGGGUGUCUGGAUCGAGAAUGAGUUUAGCCUCAUCAACAUGGAGAGAGGAGAAGCUCUCGAGAGGAAACUCAUCACAAUCAAGCAGAAUAUUUCAGAGGAGGAAAGUUCGUAAGAUGCACAUAAUGAAAGGGGCUUGCGGACUCGGCCUCAGGAUAAUCGGAGGGAAGGGCUCAAAACACGGAAACAUUGGCAUCUUUAUUCGCGACAUUGAUGAACAUGGAGCUGCCCACAGUGAUGGUCGACUGAAGCCAGGAAAUGAGAUUCUGAUGGUGGACGGCAAGAGCCUGGUGGGUCUCACACACUCUGAGGCAGUCGGUGUACUAAAGACAACUCAGCAGUUGGUUCAACUGGUGGUUGCCACUGAAGUGUCGGAAGACCAGAGCAUCACCAGUUCAAUGGCGUCAAUUCCAGAGUGGGCCAGGAAUUCUUCGUUUCGACCCCCACCCGUUUUUUCCUCCAGUUCCCCGCAAUCCAUGUCUCCUCUCAGUACUGGAUUCACAGAGGGUGGACUGGAGUUUGUGUCACCGGAAUUCAACCCUAGUCCCCACAAAUUGGGGACAUUUUUGGGGGGCUUACCCCCAAGGGUAGAAAGUUUGGAGAUGAAGGGACUGGGGCAGGUUCCCAAACGCAAGCUGUCGUCACGAGAAGAUGUGAAAGAAACAGAGUUUUUGUCUUUUAGUUCUGAACUGCCCGCAACAAAAUCACAGAGACUAAGUCAUGGAGCUGAUCAUGCUGAAAAAGUGGAAGUUGUGGACGAAAUGUCAAUGGAGACAGAAGAAAUGGACAUAGUCCUGGAAAAGAGGGAAGGGGGGAGCCUUGGGUUCACUGUGUGCAGAGGAAACGGUGAUGUUGACGGGAUAUUUGUGAAAGCCGUAGACCCGAGUCGUGUGGCUGGUAGAGAAGGCUCACUGAGAGUGGGUGACCAGUUGCUGGAGGCUAAUGGGAGGAGCCUCACUGGACUCACACACAAGCAGUCGGCCAGUGUAAUUAGAGGAUUGAAGGCUGGUAAGGUUGUACUACGAGUCUGCAGGAAGCUUACCAGACCAUCAUCCAAGGCUAGUUCUUUGACUGGGAGUAGCUCUACAGAGAUGGAAACUUCCCUAAGUGAUGCAGAAGCGGGCCAAAGAAAAGAAGCAACAGGGAAAGAUGAGGACCUUGGUCCUCCUCCUUUGGGUCCUCCACCCCAGCCCCCACCAAUGGGAAGUAGUGAGAGUGACACAGAGCAUGAAGCACCUCCACCAACACCCCCGCCUUCACUACCACCUGGUGUGGGCACUGAGCCUCCACUCCCUCCUCUCUCUCCCCUUCCCGCACACGUCUCCGAGGGACCAGAUGAUACUCUGACCCUGAGUCAAACUAGCAAUGGAACAGAAGCAGAGAAAAAACAGGAUGAUUUUUCAGGGGCUCCUGUAGGUGUGGGUGGUGAGGCUCAACGUCAAACAAAACAGUAUUGCAGUUCACAACCGAAAGGUGUGAUUCGACACACCAUUUCAACAGAGGAGUGGGGUUCCAGUGAGUCUGACAGUGGCGAACAAAGGGAGCCACUGGUUCCCAGAGCGAGGGGAAAGAAGGUUGUGAAACAAGUUGUUUCUUCUACUGGCAGGGAUGAUUCUGCCGAUAUCGAUAUUAGAGGUCAACUUACUGACAUUGUCGUGCCCAGUUUCGUGCUACAACCGCAGUCAGUUGGAAACACAAGUCAGGAAGAAAGUGGAAGCGAUGAUGCUAUUACCUCACGACCCCUUCAAAAGAAUGCCAAAGUGGACGAUGAGAGGGAAAUGAAAGAGAAAGAUGAAGGAGAGGAGGAGGGAGAGGUUCCGCUUGGCUUCCAGAAGCUUACCCUCCGUAUGAAGAAAAGGGCCAAGAGUGGCUUGGGAGUGACGAUAGUUCACAGUGUUGGGAAGACCAGGGGCAUAUACAUGGUGCGCAGAAUCAUGGCUGGUGGAGUGGCCGCACGAGACAAGAGAGUCAAGCCAGGAGAUCGACUUGUGUCAAUCAACGGCAAAAGCCUGCGAAAUCUCUCCCAUUCAGAAGUACUGCAAACCAUCAGCGAAGCACCAAAGGACAUUCAGUUGGAAAUCUGGCGCGACCCGAUUUUCGAAAUGGAUGCGACAUCAUCCGUCUACUCCAUCGGGAGUCGCUCGAGUAUCCUCUCUGAUGAAGACACGGAAGACUGGUGGUCGAAAAGAAGCAGUUUCGAUAGACUUAUCUCCCGUGACGGAUCAAAAGGUGCCAGGGGCUCACCUCAGAUUGCACGCUACAGUGCAUCAAUAGCAGACCACAUACUGUCGCAAGGGCAGCCGUCACCUGGAACACCAAAGCGAUGGAGUGCGGUGGUUCUCUCUCCCAAUAUCGGGCCAGCAGGAGAGAUCCUUUCCAGCCCAUCUCCUCCGCCCACUUCACCAUCGCACAGUUUUAGCACACCUCUCAACCCCCUCCCUUCACCAACUACACUCUCUCCAUCUCCAGUUCCACUCUCCCUCUCCAUGUCUCCCGAGCCGUUGGCCGAACCCCCACCUCCCUCUCCUCCUCCUUCUCCCCCACCUCUCACACUACCAGCUGCACGGGUGUCUGAGCACAGCGACAGUGAUGGUACCCACACCCCUCCCCCUCCCCCUCCCCCUGCAUCACCCCCUCCCCCCGUGACACAACAACAAAUUUCCACAGGGGAGCACACUCCACUAGAAACCAAUACCUACCAACAAGAAGACAGCCUGUUUGAAAGAAGGGACAUUGAGCGACCGAAAUCUCUGGGUCCAGUUCCAAAGGGAGCGAGGCUGGAACACGGACCAUUUGAAAUUGAGAUUACAAAGGGUAUCUUUGGGCUGGGACUGAGUAUUGCGAUGGGGAAUGUAGGAAUGAUUGUAGUACAGGUGGGUGACCAUCUUCUUUCAAUCAAUGAUCAGUCGCUUAUUGGUGUUGAUGUUGACACCGCCGAGAGCAUUAUCAAAGCUCUGCCAAGGGGUGUUGCCAGAUUUGUAGCCAUGGCCCCACCAAAAGAUGUGACAGGCAGUGGCACCAGGGGUGGGAGUCAGUUGAGUAGCUCCAUUCCACCACAACAGCCCAUCCUCUCUUCCCCUCCACCGCCCCCUGCCUCCCCUCUUCCAGAAGUCAUUGAUGAACCUGGCAUCGUCAAAGCUCAGCUACAGCGAUUUGGAAGUGCACCUCUUGGACUCAUAAUCGAAGGAGGCAGCGAAUCGCAUCUGAAAUACACCUUUAUCCAAUCCAUUGCCUUUGGAUCUCCAGCCUUCAGCUGUGGGAAGUUCAUGAAGGGGGACCAGUUGGUUAUGGUAGGGAGCGAGUGUCUCAUUGGAAUGUCGCUACGGCAGGCCAAACAGGUCCUUGAGAAGGCCCCAGAAAUUGUAGAAGUGGUUGCUCAACGGAAGGAAUCGCUCAAGCAAUCACCUCCCCUGGCUCCGAAAUCAGAAGCGGGGAAAGAGAAGGGAGAGAGCAGUCGAAAUGCAACACUAAAGCAGGAAGAGACAACAGAAGAAGCAGAAGAGAAGAAAAGCCUUCAGGAUAAACACAGAGAAACACAGUUUACAGAGUCUCUACCGGCACCACAGAAGCAGCAGCACGACAGUAGCCAACCUCCACGGUUCCGACGUUCCACCUCCCAGUCUGACAUGUGGACGGUUGAUACAGGCUCAGGUGCUAGUACCUCACUAGGGUACGCCAGCACCACCAACUUGAGUGCGAGCUUGAACAUAUCCAGGCCAGGUGGUCUUCGAUCAAAGAGGGCUAGUGUUGAAAACCUUCACGAAAGCACAGAUGCAAGAGACUCAGUACCGUACCAACAUUCUGGGUCCCUACAGGGACCAAACUAUUACGUGGAGCAGCCUCCAACCAAGCUUGCAGAAGAAGUGAUUAUUGUGGAGCUCUCUCGUGAAUCUAAUCACAAGCUGGGACUGAGUAUUGUGGGUGGAGUUGAUAAUCCCAGACUGCAGGAAGUGCAUGUUAAAAAAGUUAUCGCAGAUGGACUGGUCUUCAAAGAUGGUCGUAUAAAACGAGGGGAUCGGCUGGUUUCAGUCAAUGAUAAGCCUCUCGCAGGUCUCACCAACAAAGAGGCCCUUCAAAUUCUCAAGGAGAGUGGAGCAUACGUGAAGCUGGAGGUGGCGCAGCGGAUUGGCCAGCGAAGCCAGGCACCUUCACCGUUCCAGUCACAGUUGCAGUCCCGACAGAGCUCUGGGGAAAACUCCAACGAACCACCCUCCCCAGUAAUCCCACCCACCCCUCCCAAUAUACGUGCUCCUGGAAACACCCUAAAGCGCCCUUCGCGACGACUCUCACUGAGCCAAGAUGACGAAGAAAGGUCAAAACCAGCCACAAUGCCCCGGAAACUAAAAUCCACUGAAGGGAUAAAAAUCGUGGAGCUCCAUAAGGGGCCCACUGGACUCGGAAUGAAUCUCAAGGGAGGCACAGACGAAAAUUUGCCCAUCAUUGUGAGAGAGGUCUUCCCUGGGGGGGUGGCUCACAAGAGCGGCAAAAUUUUUCCCGGUGAUGUCAUAAUCGAAGUGAACAACGACUCUUUUGAGUCCCUCACACACAGAGAGGCACUGCAGAAGCUGAAGAGUUACCCACAAGGGAAAAUUAGUCUGCUAGUUAGGGACAGAAUUGCCACACUACCCAGGAAAAACAUUCCCCAGCAUAAUUGAUGCGUUUCCAAGUUAUAUUGUGAUCAUAAUAUGUAUGACAUAUACUAGAAGGCGCAACGGCGGCGGAUAAUGGCGUUCAGAUCAGGAAUUCGCUGGUUGGUGUCUAUCAACGUACUGUGGCUGGUGCAGAUAUCCCUACCACUGCUAGACGCCAGGGUUCCUUCGGUGUUCUCCGUCCCAUUCUCCGAGCUUUUGUCCCUGCCUCUGGGGGCUUUACUGGUCCUGUGUGCCGACUCACUUUUGAGUCUUACCAACUGUUCUGCCGACGGCGGCUGCGAGCGGUCAUUGCAUCUACAAGAUCGUGUAAAAAGAUUGUCUUCUGGCGACAGCGAGAACAAGCCCCAAACCACAAAACAUGGCGUGGUUCCAGGCUGGCGGCACCGGCUAAUGAGAGUGCUGUUCCUAGUCCUCGCUAGCACGUGGACUGCUGGGGUCGGUAUGCAUCUAAGCGCAGUUGUCGUCCAGAUCCAACUGACAUCCGAAGACCCUUUGUACCCAUUGGUCCAUGAUCACCUCCACAGAUUGUGGUCACACAAUAUCUUUCAGAGUGGAUAUUUCGGACUCCUCCUGCUCCUUUCAUGGAGCACCCGGCGGCUCCUUUGGAGGGAACGACAUGGAGGAAAUGACAAAGAAAUGACAAAGAAAAGUACACCAUCUGAAUGAACGGCUGACUCUGUAUAAACUAAAUCUGUAUGUAUAAUGCAGUGGUCAUACCCAAUAUUCGGUGCGUUUGAGAAUGGGGUUGUGGGUUCUGAAGAGAGUUUGAAGGUCUGAAGGAGAGGGGGCGUGGCUGUUUCUGCCGUCAGUCACAGAAGCUGCCGAACUGACUGGUCGACUCUCGGGAAGUAGGGGAAGAUUUGGGUCUGCCGGGGGUGUGCCGACCGCACGAGCAUCGUUUGAAUGGUGUCCAAUGUUCUCCUCGUCAUCAGGGAAUUCAAGUUCCUCACCUUGGGCGGGAGUUUCCCCCUGGUCUGGAGGAACUGGUGUUGUAGUAGAUCGUGAGAUGCUGUUAUCUUGGUGGUCAGUAGCAAGAUCAGUAGUAGAAGCUCCCCUCUCUUGAAUAUGAUCCACUGCUCCACCGACUGUCUCGUCUUGUAGCUGUUGCUCGCAACUUUCAUCUUCACGUUCUUCUACGUCUUCGGGAUCACCAUUGACGUCUUCGGGAUCACCACUGACGUCUUCGGGAUUACCACUGACAUCUCGCGGGAGUGGUGAAACCUCCUCUACAGCAGGUCUUCUGAGGACUAGUCGAACUGGCUCGUCGCCGGCAGCGAUAGAUGGGUUUGGUGUGGACAGGUACCCGCUCUCCUCUUCCCCGGCUUCGUACACACUCGAGCUCCUGGUUGUAGGUCUGAGGGGAUUGGGGACACCCAUCAUAGCGGGCGAGAAGGUGUGGUGGUGACUUCUCGGAAGUUCUUCCAGCGUGACUUCCGACAGGGGCCGGUGGGAGUAGCUCACAGAGACGUUGCUUCGCCGGCUGCGCGGUCUAGGAAUCAUGUGCCGGUGGUGAUGGUACCUCUCUGAUGGAAAAACGGCGGAACUGGGUGGGUGCGACACGAGAGGACUGUAGCGAGCGAGCGGACUGUGGUGUGAUAUGGGGGAGUGGGACUCUCGGUACUCUGUCAUUCCAUUGAAACUUGUCAUUGCCUCUCUGUGUGUGGCUGUAGAGGACUCUACACUGUAGAUAUUGGACGACGGCUGCAUAGGAAAACUGUUCAUUUGGGGCCUUGUCAGUGGCUGGUGCCGGGGCAUUAAUUUCGGCUGCAAACGCUUGCGAAUUCGGCCCUGCUGCGUUACGCAGAAGACAAUCACAACCGAAAUGAUCAGGAGAAGAAUGACAAACACUCCCACGAUGGGAACGAGGGCAUAGAUCGGGAACCCGCCGUUGCCGUCUUCCACAAAGGCCGUGUAGACAGUAGGAGAAUCUGAUGGUGACGGUUGCCCAUCCGUGGGUGGCAGUGGGUAAUCUACAGGCACUGGUGGAUUCUUAAUGUAGAGGGUAAUAUUUGCUUCCCCCGGUUGAAUACCUUCGUAUCCCUCCACAAGAAUAGAGAAAGAAUCAUGCACACCUUCUUCGCUGGGAUUCUCUAGUGUCACAUUUGAGGCGUUCCACGUGUAGUACACCCAGUUGUAGUCGAGAAAAUUGUAGAAGAACUUAUCGGAGGGUGUGGGUGACGUUGCCCGCCGUUUUCGAGAAGUCGUGGAAACUUUCACCUCGAGAAAUCCCAGCUUGGGCUGCUGCAUGACGUGAAUGACGGGAGGCCGUUGAAUGAAGAACUGCAGGUCUGUCAACUGAAGGAUAUUCUUGGGGAGAGGUAGGGACAAGUCGCCUUCGGCCAUGGAAUCAAAGUUCAGUUCGAUAUUCUGCUUCACCUGUCCCCAUACGUCCACCCUGACGUCUAUCGCGACGGUGCUGUUUUCAGCCUCACGGUUUCUCACAUUCAUUUUGAAUGAAUCGGAAUGAGCACUGAAAUUUGUUGGGACGUACGACACUUUCUCAUCCAGCAGGUCACUCUGAGUGAAGAACUGACCCUCUCUUAGCCCCUUCAGGUCUCCGUUUACGGGAGCUUCGACGAGAAAGUAGACCGUUUCAUUUGAUUGUCCAUUUGUUUCCGUCACAAUAUGCUUCGAUGUCAGGUGGGCUCCGUUUUCAUUCUGAGAAUAUCUCAACACAUUGGUCCCCACCACUUUGACAAAGUGCUCUUUGAUGAGUACAGUAAAAUUGGUAACGUUAGUGAAAGUUCCAUCUGUGAACGAGAGGAGUGCGGUCCACUCGCCGAUAUCCUGCGCUCCAAAUCUCAACCUUCCUUCAUUAACCAUUACCUGGGUGAAGGUGCUCUGUUUUUGGAGCAUGUGAUCUCCGUCUAGUAACAGGUGUCCCCCUGGAGGUAGAUCGACGACGGUAAAGACAAGAUCUGAGGCAGGGUUGUCCUCGUCAACCAAUGAAAGGGAAUCAUUUGUAACAGGCACCGAAAAUCCUUCCACAACCGGCAUCAUUAGAGUGGAGCUAACUACAAUCGGGGCCUCGUCGUUGAUCAAUGUCACUGAGACGUUAAGGAUGAGGUUAAGCCUGUAUCCCCAAAGACCACUAUCGUUGUCUUCGAUGAGGACUGAAAAUUUCAGCAGAUCCCUGGUGUUCUCGUCUCCAUUGUUCUGGUAGCACACUGAACCGUUAGCAAUCUGAUCUUGGGAUACCCUCGGUGGGGUCCCUGGCGGCCGUCUACCCUCCAGCAAAAUUUCUCCGUGUGAGUCUUCGGAGUAAUAGAAAACGAACCAGGAGGUGAGUGUGUGGUUGACAGUAUCGUAUGUAGCAUUGUAGCGGAUGUUUCUGGCAUCAAGGAUGCUUUCGUUGAGGCAUGCACGACCCCCCUCUAUCACAGCCAGAGAUUUGUGCACGGCUAGUGGGCUGUUGGGUUCGGACGGGAGAUCAAUCGUUAUUUCCAAUUCAAACUCUUUCACGUGGGUGAGCAUUGCCUUAGCCUUCAGUUUCAAUGUCUCGAGUGACUCCCAAAUUUCCGGCUUUGUGUGUUGAUAGUACACACGCCCCCUUUUGACAUCAUCAUCAGUGAAAGAUGUGGCAUUAGUCGUUCCGUUAACGACAAUGAUGCCAUAGUCCGCCUCAAACUGAUACUCGACCGCUUCAUUGAAAAAGCACCGUGAUAUGCUUGUAUUUACAUCACUAGUGCCCACUUCCAGCUCAUUAGAUGUUAUGGCUACCAUUCCAAUGAAUGGGACUAUCAAAGGAUUGUUCCGUAGCACCACAAUUUCAAGUCGGUGUGUUUCAAUGAGGAGCUUUCCAGAGGCCGAGAAAUCGCCAUCUGUCACCGUAUAAUGCAUUACCCCUGUCUCGCCACUCUGAUGGAAUAGCUUUAUGAGGCUGUUCACCACGUCUUCCUGUGUGAAGGUGUGGACCUCAAUGCUCUUGGAUUCGUUAAUGUGGGAAAUGUACGCGUCGAUCGAGGUGAAAUUGAAAGUGUAAAUCAGCUUGCUGUUUGGAGUGUCGAGAUCCACUACAUCGAGAUGUUGCACUGAGAGAAAGGCGCAGUCCUCCGCCCACAUCACGAGCGUGCUUUCAUUCCCUGAGCGUAUUUCUGGCCCACGGUCAUUUUUGGUGAUUAUGUUGAUAUCCAGUGUCACCACGUCACUGGUGCGCAUAAAACCCUCGGGAAAACUUCCCGGUUGAGUUUGGUUUUCGGGAUAGACAUGUUGAUGGGCUUCAUAUGUUAACUUUACUCUGUCCUUCUCCUUCUCGGCAUCAUUGUGGUGGUACUCUAUAUGCCCAGCUUUCAGGUCAGCUGUAGUGAAAUUAGAGAUGUUCUCUUCGCCGGAUGCGACAUUUACAAAGGUUCCAUUACUUGGUUGCUCAUUGAUGACGAUGAAACCGAGCUGGGUGUUCAGGUAAGGAUGAAGAACCUCUAUAGUGCCUGCUGGAAGAAUAACAUCUUCUCCCUCGGCAACUUGAAACGACCUCGCCCUGAUCGACACGAUAUUUGGUAGAAUCACAAAGGUAAAGUUGUAAGGGGUCUCUUGCGUGUUUUUACCGUCGGUGAGGUUGACAAGAAACGAGUCGGACCAGUGUACAAUCUCGCUUCGUUCGUCCACAGGGUGGCUUAUGUAUUUGACCGAGUGAUGGAUUACCUCGUAGAGGGUGAAUACUUCCGUCUUUUUGAAUCCACUGCUGGUUACACCCUGACUACGCAGGACGUCUCCGUGGUUCGGCUGGGCGAUGAUCUGGAAUUCAAUCCGGUUUAUCUGCGUAGGGAGUUGCAUGUUUGUAUCAAAAUCGAAAACCUGUAGAUGCUCCGUGACAAUCCCAAUCUCGCUGCCCUCAACAACAAACAGAGGUUGACGUAGAAAAACGAGUGUUGGAGGGUCAUCAUCCACGGGUUUAACUGUAAUUGUGAAAGUACCACUUUUGACUGCUCUGUGCUGAGUUAUCGAGACUGUAUAAUCAAAGCUAUCCGAGAUAGUAUUGGAAUGGUUGUGACGG